ACUGUCUGUAUUUAUUAUUCCCUCUAAAACGAAGUAUACAUUAAAAAAGCGUCAGAGAAUAAAAAUUGCUUACACUUGGUGGCAUAUUCAUUAAACCAAAUAUUAUAUUCACAUUUAUCAAGAACUAAAAGCAAUAAAAAUAUUUGCAACAAUGUCUAGUACAUCACAAAAGUAUAAAAAUUUUGUAGCUGAGCCUAUGGGUGAUAAGCCAGUCACAGAUUUGGCUGGUGUUGGUGAAGUUUUAGGCAGACGAUUAGAAGCUGCCGGUUUUGACAAAGCUUAUGUCGUUCUUGGACAAUAUUUGGUACUUAAAAAGAAUCACGAGCUCUUUUUGGAAUGGAUGAAAGAUAUAUGUAGUGCAAACAGCAAACAAGCACAAGAUUGUUAUCAAUGUUUAUGUGAUUGGUGUGAAGAAUUUUUGUAAUUUUACUGGUUUUUCUUUCUCUUUAAACAAAAUAUGUGAACAAAAAUAAUUAUUUAAGAGUAAAAAUGUAAAAAUUACUUGACACGUACAUAUUUUAUGUAAUGUCAUAAUAUUUUUGUACAAACGAAUUUUAAAAUUGCCUUAAAUACUUUAAUCAUAAUGUCUAUUAAUUUUAAUAUCUGUAAGUAAUUUUAGUCACGUUAUAGUAAUCA